GACCGCGCCACCGUGGGGUCACUCGGACACCCCCUCCCCCCACUUUCGCCGAGUCGGGGGGGACAGGACAUCCCCGCUCGCAGCCCCCGACAGGAGUUGGUUGUUUCGCUUUCCUUUCACCUUUAAUUUGAAGGGGCAGCAGGGACGUGGCCACACUAUGGGGGCCCUUUGCACCCCCUAUCCCCAUUGCUCCCGUUCGAUAACUCCAAAGCUCCAAAGGGCAGCAUGAUCCAAGGAAAAAAAGUAAUCAUUGCUGACGCAGGCAGGACGGGAGCUAGGCACUGUCCCCAGCAGGUCCCAUCCAUCACUUGGGAUUUGGGGACAGGCAGAUCCCCCCAGGACCCCCGCGGUCCAGCGGGCUCUCAGGGCAGCCUUGGGGCUGUGUUUCUGAUCCUGCUGCCCUCGGGAGCUGUCAGGGUCUGCAAGGGGAGGGUCCUGCUCGGGGGCCGCAUCCCCCAGCUCCCGCAGGCAGGGCAGGGCGUGCUGGCAGAUACUUGAACAUCUGAGCAGAGAUUCAAUUAUAUGCACUACUUCAUUUAUUUGGCUGUCCAGUCGCUCUGAUCAGACUUGGAAAUUAAGAGGCAUGCGGUUAGAGGGAUCCUGUCAAAUCACAUUUAGCCCAGCUCUUCCUUGCUUGGAUUUUAAAAUGCAGCUCUUUUUUUUAUAUGACCUGCAGCUACAAAACAACUUUCUGUCUCUCUUCCUAAAGAAUUACAAAAAAAUCCAGUGGAAUGGGGUGAGGGCAGAACCAGUUCCCCAGCUCUAUUUCCAGCCUGAACUCUGCAGCUGGAAGUCUCGGAGCGCUUUCCAACCCUCGCCCUGUGAGCGGGGUGCUGGGGCAGGAGCAGCUCAUUGCACGCAGGGCCCUGAGGGCAGGGGUGGGAAGGAGGAUGGGGGAAGGCAGUGCAGAGUUUUGCAGUCACUUUCCUCGCUGAAGGCCAUCAGGAUUUGCAAUCCUCCUCCCUCAGUUUGGGACAGCGCUAAAAAUGCCCCUGGUCCACACCCAGUGCUUGCACGUGCCGGCAGAGGGGCCUGUGCGGGACUGAUAAGGCCGAGCUGGAAGCUGCGGGUGAGUCCGUGCAGAGAGUCCUGUCACCCUGUCCCCAUGGGGAGGGACCUGGGAGCCACCAGCGAUCCCCUCCUGCUGCUGUCGCAGCUCCAGCAUCCGCUGGGAUAGAAUGCUGCAGGAUGAAGGGAUGAUUCCCCCUCCUCAUUUCACCCCAAGGGAUAAACAGAAAGUUCCUCAGCAGCUGAUAACCCCAAAGCUGGGGCUGCCUGCAGCGUGUCCCAAACUGCAGCUACCCAGGAGGGAACAAACUGCCCCCAGGCUUGUGUCCCAACAGGGAAAUCCAGAUUAGGAAGCUCAGCCCCAGCCUUAUUCCACCUGGCAUGCCUGCUCUUUGUGCCUGGAGUUUCCAGAAGGAUGCAGGGAUGCAGUGGAGAGGUUUGGGCUGCAGACAGCAGAGCUGUGGCAGUGUAGUCCCAGCCUGAGCACAGCCAGGGCACAUCACACAGGAGGAUGUGGGCAGAGGGAGUGGAGCAGAGUUUGUGGCAGCAGCUGGAGCCCCUUCCUCCUGCUGACUCAGAUUCUGCUCCACUCAGCAUUUGAGGCUGAAAAUGACCACACUGUGCUGGGAAGUGGAAUCUUGCUGGGAUGCCAGGGACUGGCCGGUGUUGUGCAACAGGAAGGCUUGGAUAGGUCAGGAUGCUGCUGAAAUCUGUCUGCUGUGCAUCACCAUUGCUGGGCUCCAGCUCUGAUCCAGCACCCUCCAGUUCCAGCACAGGGCUGAGCCUGGUGCUGUGGUGUCACCAGUCCCACACUGGGAUCACAUCUCACAGCCUGGUACCAACAGUCUGUCCCCUGGGAGGGACUCAUGGCGUCCCUCUGUGCCCUGAGCAGGGUUUGUUUUCCCCCUCCAGCCAAGGAGCUGAUCCUCGGGGUCCCAGCCCUUUUCUGCUGUCCAGAGGAGGCCACAGGGCAGCACCCACAGGUCUGGGCAGGAUUUUUAGGCAAGCUCCAGCUUUCAGCUGCAGCUCCAUGUUUGUGUGAGAAACAAUGUGCUUGGUUAACACUGCAGGGUUGAAAACUGCGUUUAGGCCUUUGAAGUGCCUUUGGCUUUUGCUUUUCAAUAUCCAGGGCUCAGGGGAGGAAAUAGAGAGAAAGCCCCCCAGAGAGAAAGCAGCUGGGCUUGGGUUCAAAGCCUAUGUGGGCCUUGUCUGUGUUUGCUUGUAGGGGAUUUAGUGCCUGUGGGGACCAGGGAAGCUCCAAAGGGCUCAGAGCAGGGUCAGCCCAGCCCUGGGCUGCUUUUUGUUGUCCCUGACCCAGCCUGGAGUGGCCUCUGCUCUGGGUGCUUCACUGCUUUCCCUGAGGGCAGCUGGUCCCUUUGUGUCUGGAACCCACUGAUAAGGGGCUGGGGGGAGCCACUGGCCCUGGGCAGCAGUGGGGACAACCAGCUUGGAGCCAGUGCCUGGAGCCAGCACCCAGAGCUGGCACCCAGAGCUGGCACCCAAUGCCGGCCUGGAGCCAAUGCCCAGAGCCAGGCUCAGCCCUGGGGCCCUCACAGGCAGAUCUUUGUUGUGGACUUUGUGACAGGUCCCAAGCAGCUGGCAAGGGGACCAGGAGGUGUCCUGGAGGGUGAUCCAUGGGGCAGGAAAUAAUCCUGGUGGUGAUGAAGGCAGCAGAGCUCUGUGUGCUCCCAGCGCUGGGACAGGAGAUGGGAUGCUCCAGUGCCACCUCCCUCCAGGCAGCUUGUGGAGCUCAUGGCCAUGACUGGUGUGAUGGAUGUCACCACCCAGGGGAGGUGACACAUGCGGUGUCCUCCAUGGCCCCUGCUCACCUCUCCUGGGAGGGUUUAGCUGUAGAACCCCAGCUCAGCUCGUGUGUUCAAGCAGCUCAAAUCACUGCCUGUGUGCAGAUGGGGGGGGACACCCCCAGUGCCAGGGGGCUGGGAGGGGGUUCCCAGCCCAGGAUGGUGCUGGGAGAGGCCUCUGCUCUCCUGGCUCAGCAGCUCUUCCUGCUGAGUCAGCAGGUGCAGCCUCCAGCUGGCUCUGUGUGCUGGGGUGGGCACCCACCCCCCCAGGCCCAGGGGCACAGAGCUGGUGGGGCACAGCCCCAAGAACCCCAAAUCUGGCUCCUCACUGCAGAGCCAGGCAUCUCCAGAGGGGGAGCCUGAGGCUGCUGCCCUUCCUCACUCCAGAGCUUGUUCCUGCCUCCUCCUCCUCCUCCUCCCCUGCCUCCCUCACAGGGCAGCUCAGUGGCCUCCCCCUGUCCCCCUGCAUGGGGACCACUGGGCUUGGGGAAGGAGAGACUUGAAACAACUGGGGAGGCAGAGGGCUGGGACCCCUGCCAGGCUUGUAAUUACAGCCCAGGCUGGGCCCUCGCAGGCGAAACCUGAGCCCCAUGGGGAGCAGGGAGAGGAGCGUCCGUCUGGCAGCACAACUGUCUGUCCUGGCCCCGCUCCAUCUGCGUGGAUGCAGGGGAUUGAGGCCUGGAGUUCUCAUCCCCCCACUCUGGUAUGGCUGGAGUGCUGCAGGCUCCAUCCUGCCUGUGAACAUCUCUGCUGAUGCUUGGGGAGCUCAGAUGAGUCUCUGCAGGCCCCUGUGUCCUGUGUGUUGGCCGUGCCCUUGAUGACUUCCAGGCAGUGGUGCAGCCCAUGCUGGCUGAGGCUGACAUUGCCACCACCGUCUUCGUCACUGAAAGAGCGCACCAUGCCCAUGAGAAGGUGCGAGACGAGGACCUGUCGCAGUGGGACACCUUGGUGGUCAUGUCUGGGGACGGGCUGCUCUUCGAGGUGGUGAACGGGCUGAUGGAGCGUCCAGACUGGAGAGAGGCCAUGAAGAAGCCGCUGUGCAUCCUGCCAGGAGGCUCUGGGAACGCCCUGGCUGCCUCUAUCAACUACUAUGCAGGCUACGACCACGUCGCCAAGAAAAAGCUGCUGACAAACUGCACCUUCAUCCUGUGCAAGGGGCUGUACACGCAGAUGGACCUGGUGUCGCUGAGCACGGCCUCGGGCAAACGCUUCUUCUCCUUCCUGGGCUUUGGCUGGGGCUUCAUCUCGGACGUGGACAUCGACAGCGAGAAGUACCGCUGGCUGGGCAGCGCCCGCUUCACGCUGGGCACGCUGCAGUGCCUGGCCAAGCUCAGG